CCUGUCCACGGUAUUAAACUGUGGACUGCGUGGAUUCAUUCGACCCCACCUCUGGGCAGUGUCAACCAAUCUGAAACUGCUGUGCCUGUUGAUGGGGCUAGCAAUGCCAAUGUGAAGAGGAAAAAACUGAAAGGAAAGAGAGCAGUUGUUAGGUGGUUAAAGUACUUCAGAUGGAAGAAGAAGAAAGAUUAUGAGAGAAUGACAUCAGAAGAAAAGAUCCUUUAUAAGUUAACGAAGGCUCGUAGAAAGGAGGAAAGGCUGAUCACUGCCUUGAAGAAGAUCGAACCUUCAGAAUCAUCGGAAGCAACCCAUGAUCCCGAGAUAUUGACCCCAGAAGAACAUUUCUUCUUCUUGAAGAUGGGGAUCAAGUGCAAGAAUUAUGUCCCUGUUGGAAGACGAGGGAUAUACCAAGGUGUCAUACUCAACAUGCAUUUGCACUGGAAGAAGCAUCAGACACUCCAGGUGAUUGUCAAGACAUUUCCACCAGACGAGGUCAAGGAGAUUGCCACUGAGCUGGCACGAUUAUCAGGAGGUAUUGUACUGGAUAUUCACCAAGGAAAUACGAUUAUCAUGUACAGAGGCAAGAACUAUGUGCAGCCCCCUACAGAGAUCAUGUCACCCAGGGUCACUCUCCCCAGAAAGAAGGCACUUGACAAGUCCAAGUACAAAGAUGCCCUCCGAGGGGUUAGAAGGCAGAUUCCAAGGCUUGAACAGGAGCUUGAUUUGCUUCGUGUUCAGGAAGCUGAUGAGGCUCGCAUAGCUGAUACAGAAAAUGAAAGCCUUUCAAGCGGACCACUGGAAGGUUCGAGCAAACUCAAACAACUUCUAGAUGAUGCGAAGGAAACAUAUAAUGAUGAUUCAGAUACGGAUGAUGAAAUGAUAUCAGAUUCAGAAGAUCUGUCAGACAUCUUUGAGACUGAUUCUGGGACGGAGAUGGAUGAAGAGAAGGAUGAACGGCCCUUAUACUUGGAUCAGUUUGAAAAGUUCCCGGUUCAAGAUGAUGGAGAGCCUGAAGAUUUUGAAGAGUAUUUAAAGAAGGCAUCUGGAGACUCCAAAGGUGGAGAUUCACCAACUUUUGAUGAGGUCGACCGUAUGUUCAUACGUGCAGCCUCUCUGUUAAGGAAAAAUAGGAGGCACAACUAA